UCACAGACGCCAUGGCUGUUCCUCCAGCUGGACCUGAAGUCUUGAGUCACGUUCCCCGGGAGGAGCGUCUCCACUUUGCCGUGGCGUUGCUCCUGGAGACUCAGAGCUUCCCCUUGCGCGGCGUGGAUUUGGAAUGCCGGUUGCAGCGCUUGCUGGCGGUGAAUGGCAGCACCCGGCUGGCGCAGGAACUCUGCAUGGAGUCGACACACUACGGCGUCACCUUGGGAUACCUCGACAGCACCAAGUUGCAGCUGCUGCUGGAUGAAGCCUCGGACUACGCAGCUGCUUUCUGGCAAAGAUUCCGUCAGCGGAUGCGAGACGCCCAGUACCCUGGCAUCCCCGAGUUGGCUUCCGCCUUCAAGCGCCAAGCGCGCGAGAGUGGCAUCAGCCACAACCUGCACCUAGUGGAUUUGCGGAGCACCGGCAAGGGAGACGUUGUGGGCGCUCUGUGGGCGAAAACGUUGAAGAGCCUGGGCAUGCCGCAGGAGGAGUUGUUGCAACGCCUGCAGAUGGUGGCCGGACAGGUCCACCUGCGUCCCUCCAUGGGCCUCCACUGGGCCCUGCCUCUCAGCGCCGCCUUGCUGCGCCUCAGCGGCCUGCCGGAGGCAGCGCUGGGGGAACUCAGACAUCAGAUUCUCUCGCGGCACCACUCCAUGAGUCACGUCUUCGACACCCGACUGAACCUCGCAGCCUCCAUGACCAACAAAUCAGCCAUGGCCAAGUUACUCUUUGAAGACUUUCGCAGCAACUUUCACCAGAUCAUGUCUGAUGUGGACGACGACGAGGAGUACGAGCGAAGAUUGGCGGCGCUCUUCGCAGCAUGUGAUGCGCAUCAAGAUGGAGCUGUUGAUCAGGAGGAGCUCCAACAGGCCCUCUCCGUCUGCGCGCCCCCCGCUGGCCUCUCCCGCCUGCGGACACUGGCCAUUUUGCAGUAUGGAGGUUGGAAGGCGGCCUGGCAGAGCGUGGGUGUGACGCCGGAAGACCUGAUUACUGUAGCUCGCUUUGUUGCCUUGGCUGCCAAUCUGGAUAUCUCCUACGAGGACGCUUGGGCCAUCUUUUCGACCCUCUCACCAACAGGUGAGGCCAUCAGCUAUCACCAGCUGGUGCAACACGGAGGCGACUUCACCCUGCACGAGUUUGCGCUGCGCGCCUGGUUGGCCUGCGAGGUGGGCGGCAAGAUGGAGGACGUGGCCAAACGGCUGCAGUCCCCGAUGUUGGAUGGCGACCUGAAUCUGCAGACCUUUCGACAAGUUUGUGGAGUAAACGCCAACCCAGGCGACAGCCUUGGCCUCGACAGUUCCCUGGGCCCCUCGCUGGGUCUGACGAAGGGCGGCCUGGCGACGAAGCCGCGCAUCCCGCAGUUGAAGUGCCAGCCGCCCCUGACGGAGGGCGAGGUGGAGGCGGCCUACGGUGCCUUCAAGGCCAAGUACUUCUCCGUGACGCUGGGCGCCAUCCGUUCGGAGCUCACCAGCAACACGGCCUUCAGCGAGGUCUUGGCCCUGGACCGGAUCUCUGCGAGCAUCGGGGAAACCAUGAUUUGUCGCUACAGAGUUCCACGUGAACUUCAGUCGCAACUGCGAGAGCAUUCGUUUAUCGCCUUGGUACCUUCCAACAUGUACUGGACUUCAGGUGGUGGUGGCAGUUGGAUGCUGGGACGUCAGACGGUCACAGAGAUGACGGGACCCAAGUUCUCCUUGAACCGCAGUGGUGAAGGCGUGGUGCGUCUGCAAGUCUGGCCCGGCGUGAGCCAACUGGACCUGGGCGCGGCGGAUCUCCGCAUCUUCUCGUCGCCGGAUGCCAUGGCCAUCGGCAAACAGGUGGGUGGCAGUGCCCGUUUUCAGCUGCGCCCUCCGGCGCCUGGCAGGGUGAUGACGGAGUCGGCCUCCCUCACACCGACCUCCAUCCGUCUGCUGUGGGAGGCUCCACAUGCUCCCAUGACCAGCCGUGGGGAGCGAGAGCAGCAUUUCCGCUACGUGGUGCGGGGGAAACCCAUGGGGUUGGAGAUCGAACAGGAUACAGAUUCGCAGGAGAGGCAGAUGGUCUGGUCGCAUCUGAAGAAGAAACGAACAAAAUUUUUGACCCACGAAGUGAAUGGUCUGCUGCCCGGUGUCCGCUACAAAUUCCAGGUUCACGCCAUCACCGACGGCCGCGACGGCCGCGACGGCCCCGCACGGCGCCGGAGCCUCGACGAGCGCACGCCCUCGGCAUCCCCGGUGGCGACGCCGCGCGACGGCGGCGCGGCGUCCUGGGCCGUGGCGUCCUUUGGGGCCGUGGCCCCGGGGGCCACGGCCCCGGGGCUGGAGAGCUUGGCCUCCCCCGGGGUGGAGGUCACCAUGCCCCAACGUCCCGCUCCUCCCCAACCGAGCCACGCCGUGUUGGUCGACCGCGGCCUGGGUGGAUCCUUCACGCUGCGCUGGGCGCCGCACGACGGCGCCAAGGAGGACGUCAAGGCCUUGGACUACGAGGUCUUUUGGACCGUGCCCGGGGAGGAAGCCGAAGCCGACACGGCGCAGCUGCACGCGGACCAGGAAGACCAGAGCUGCUUCGGUCAACGCAGCGCGGUGUGGCGCUAUCCGCUGCCCGUCUUCCUCCGGAAGACCGCGGAGGGCACGGUGGAAGGUCUGCUGCAUCCGCCCGAAGCCGAUGGCGUGGCCGACGGCAAAGCCGUGCGCUUCUGCGUCCGCGCGGUGGAUCCCAUCACGGGCUCCACCUCGAUGAUGGGUGACCUGGGUCCUCCCAUCCAGUUGCCCUCGGCGGCGGAAGUGAUCCUGCGCAACGUGGACGCGGUGAACCAAAUCGGCGAAGGGGCCGUGAGGGCCGGGGGCUUCAAGCGAUUUCUGGAGGACGCCGAGGAUGCAGGCUUGAUUGGCGGCGAAGGCACCGAAGUGGACUUGCGGAAACAACUCUACGAGAAGGUGGAAAGCGCUGGAGGCUUGGAAAGCAUGUUGGAAGCCUUAGCGGAUCUGCAGAUGAAGAACUUCAAGGAAGCCUGUGAGGUGGUGCGGUCCAUCCAAGAAAGUACGGAGCUGACCGCUGAGGAGACGCCCUCUUGGCAGCACGUGGUGAAGUUGGUGGCCGGUGCUGGUGGCGCCAAAAAGUUCACCAGGAGCUUCACCACGGUCGAAUUGGCUGAAGUCUUGGGCAAUACGCAGCAACUCGCCGCCCUUGGCAUCUUCGAAGGAAAGUCAGAGGAUCACACUUUGCGCGAUGCCUUGCUGACGAAUGAUGAACACAUGCCUCAGUUCUUCAGCAAGAUUCAGGAGGAGUUGGGCGGCCUCACCUUGGACGAACGCCAAGUGGCCGACUUGUCCUCUGCGCUGGGCAUCAUGGCACGCCGCAGCAAGGGCAACUGGACGGAAUUGGUCGAUCUCAUUGCUGGGGAGGGCGGCCCAACGCCUGUGCAGCCCCUGGUGAAAUAUUCCGAAGGCCAUGUUCAGGAGUUACAUUCGGCUAUGCAGUUGAGCAGUUUAGAUGUGGAAGGUUUGAUCAGCUUCCUGAAAACGGCAGGUGAGGCGGAGUUCAUUGGUCAAAGUGCCGAUGCCAAGGUUCGAGAGGACUUCCUCACAAAGUUGUCGGCAGCCGGUGGAGCGUCUGUUUUGUACAGCUCCCUGCAAGGGAUGGAUUUGAAGGCCUUACGGCCAGCGAUCAUGGUGGCACGGGCUGCCAACUUACAUCGAGAGUCAUGUUUGCAAGUCACGGCUGGAAGCAUCAGCCGUGCAGAUGCAUGGCACAAGUUAGUGGAGAUAAUCGAAAGCAAGUGGGGAGGACCACAGGCAUUCCUUGCGGCCAGCGGGGAGCUCUACGAGAGCCAUCGGGCCAUCGCCACAGAGCGCCGCGAGGAAAGCGCCUUCGACGGCUUGGUGGAGCAGACGGGCGGAAGAAUGGCGGUCACGGAGCUGCUGAAUCUCACCGCCAGCGCUGGUGGAGUCCAACAUGUCCUGAAAGCACUGGGACCUGUGCAGCUGUCACAGGUCUGCAACUUCCUGGAAAGCCUGCGACGUGGCGGGGGGCGCUUCCAGGAUUUGGAGAAGCUCAGUGCAAUGCUUGGAGAGGCAGGCGGCCUAACGCGUUUGGUCAAGAGGAUCGAAGCGAAGGUUCAGGACACCAGCAAACUGGCAGAGAUUAUCGAAGGUGGAGCAACCUUCGAAAGGCACGGUUUCCUGGAUCUGCCGGACAAAGAGCGCGAGAAGGUGCCGGAAGUCUUAGCCAAGGUGCGGCCCAAAACCGGCGUUCCGUUGAAGGCCACCAAAGUCACCAAAGAUUCCGAUGCACUGACGGACGCGUGCCACUCGAUGCUUCGUUUCACCGCCUGGCAGCGUUGGAUCGAGAUCCAGUUACCUCCGAAGAGAUUUGCUGGCGAUCAGCGCGUCUUCAGAGGUUCGGGGCUUCGAAAGAAAUACCAGGUGCUCCUUAGACCGCCUUCUUCGGCUUGGGCGGAAGGCUUUGAUCCUUUUGGAGAAGAGCAGAAGAAGCAGGCUCCCAAGGAUCUGAAGAAUCCGCCGGAAGACGCGCAGGUGACAAAGAGUGGCCUGAAGUGGAAAAUCCUGAAAGCUGUUGACUGCGAAGCGACGAAAUGUGCCAAGCCCCGCGCCUUCGACAAGGUCUCAGUGGCCUUCACAGGCUUUGAACCGGACGGCCGGGUCUUUGACUCCUCGCGCACGCGCGGCAAAGUACAAUUCCAGGUGAGUCAAGUGAUCCGGGGUUGGACUGAAGGUCUUCAAAAGAUGAACGUGGGCGAGACCAUCAGACUCUGGAUUCCAGGCGAUUUGGGCUUUGGUUCUGAGGGCAAAGGUGGCCCCCCAGGCGAUAUCGUUUUGGACGUGACCUUGUUCGGCCUGAAGCGCGGCCAAGCACCGCCCCCCACGCCAGAGGAGCUCACAGCGCCGGCGGAUGCGGAAGUGACGGAGUCCGGCCUCGCAAGCAAAGUGAUCCGCGAAGGCAAUGGAACGGACACGGCGAAGGAAGCGAACCGAGCUGUUGUGGAAUGGUACGGCUGGACGGCCGACGGGCAGCUCUUUGACUCGUCCAUCAACCGGGGUGAGCCUCAGGUGGAAGUGCAACAGCAGAACGUGCCCAAAGGAUUUUGGGAAGGCUUAAAGUUGAUGAAAGCGGGUGAGACGAGAAGCCCCACCAAGGAGGCCACCACCAUCACGUGA